AUGUUAACUCAAGAGUUCAUCUCGGCCAUUUCAGGUCCUCCUCUUGCUGCGAAUACUGCCAUCUCUAAGGAUGUCGGCAUUUAUGCUCACUCCCUCACACCUUCUCACACUAUCAAGCAAUCUUUCAAGAAGAGUUCAGCCCCUGUCAACGGCCUAGCCGUCAGUCAGACUCACAUCUUUACCGCUCAAGACCAGAAGGCUCAUGUUCACGUCUAUUCCCGUCAACGUGGCAACCAAGAGGCUCUUGUACCUUUUCCCGAAAGGAUCCGCAGCUUGGCCCUGGCCGGUCAAACAUUGGUGGUUGGAUCUACCGAAGGUAGACUAUUUCUCUGGGAGACCUGUACCGGACGACAAGUGUCUACGCCGCCUUGUCAUGUCCAGGCCGUCUCAUGCUUGGCUGUAACGCCAUAUCACAUUCUUUCAGGAUCCGAUGACUCCAACAUCAACGUCUGGUCGAUAGCACGUCUUCUAGAAUCCGAUACUCAGCUGGACCAGGAGCCCGAUCAAACACUCUCUAACCACCGAGGUGCCAUCACAAGUCUAACUGUCGGACCUGGCACCAAUCCGGAAACCAGCAUAUGUGUUUCUGCCAGUAAGGACAAGACAUGCAUCAUCUGGAAUUACCAAACUGGUCAGCUUCUCCGUACAGUGCUGUUCCCUAGCUUUCCCCUUUGUGCUCGUCUCGACCCAAGUGCUAGGGCUCUGUUUGUGUCUUCAGAAGCUGGAGCUGUCUAUCUUGUCGAGCUAUUUGGUGGUGACAAGCCGUUGCUUGGUUCCCGCAGCACGGAGCUGCCGUCUAUCGUCGUACAGGUCAACUCCCCACUAGCUGUCUCAGAUCCGGAACUUGGACAACCAUCGUGUCUUGCUCUCACAUAUGAUGGUACUUCAAUAUUGUCCGGACACACUAAGGGCAAGAUCCUACGCUGGACUCUGGCUGAGAACGCCCAUCCUACAGAAGUUGCCAAUCUCAAUGCCUCUGUUACCAACCUCUGUUUCAUACCUCCACUGUCAGCCGAGCAACCGACCAAGGCCGUCACCAUCGUGAAACCGAACCUGAGCCAAAACCGAUACAAUUUUACGGCCCAAUUAACGACGGAUCUCGGAGAGAAGACAAAGGUUGAUCAUCUGCUUGAGACCAAUGGAUUUACUUCAGAGUCACUUGAGACAGCAAUUUCAUCUAUGACGACUCCUGCAGGCGAUCAACAAGAUGAAGAGCUGGCGAGACAGGAUGCGCAAUUCCGCGCCAUCAUUAACAACUGCAAUCUACUUCAAAGCCCAUCUAGUUAG